AUGGGUAUUACUCCAAAUGGUACCGGUGCAUUAACCAUCUACAGUCUUCAUCAACGUGAAUUACAGACACUUGCGGUGUAUGAGAAGCUACAUGGUAUUAAAUGUGGAACCUUUGGAGCAACGGCAUUAAAUCACCGACAUUUGGCAACAGGUGACUACAAAGGCGUCAUGAAUAUAUGGGAUGUGGAAGUAGCAGAUGUGCCGCUAUACUCGGCCCAAGCUCACAAGUCCAUUGUAAAUGCUAUUGACGGCUGUGGUGGUCAAAAUAGUGGCAAUGGAACACCUGAAAUUGUCACGUGUGGUCAAGACGGCUGCGUCCGUGUAUGGGACGUACGUGUAGCCGAACCAGUAGUGACGCUGGCUUUUAAGGAGCAAGACAUAGGACAUGACUGCUGGACUGUGUGCGUUGGUAACUCGUACAACAAUUCAGAGCGUUGUAUUGUGAGUGGCUAUGAAAAUGGAGAUGUGAAACUAUUUGACUUACGUACAAACUCGGUCCGAUGGGAGACCAACUGCCAGAACGGCGUCGUUCAUGUGCAAUUCGACCAGAAAAAUAGCGAGAUGAAUAAGCUGCUGGUCACCACACUCGAUUCCAAGUUCCGUGUUUACGACCUGCAGACGUUGCAUCCAGAAAAAGGGUUUACUUGCAUAACGGAAAAGGCACAUAGGUCUAUUAUCUGGCAGGGACACUUCUUACCGCAGAAUCGAGACUUGUUCAUGACUAGCGGAGGUAAUGGCGGCUUGAACUUGUACAAAUACCACCACCCACUUUCCAGAACGGCCAAGGACGCUGAUGGAAGAUUGUACGGUGUCUGUGGCACAGUUGAGCUACUUAACUCGCGAGUGCUGUCUACCCAGCCGAUUGUCAGCAUGGACUGGAGUCCGGAUUGCGAGGGCUUUUGUGCCUUGGCGUGCUUGGACAAAACAGUUCGUGUCUAUAUUGUGACGGAUACGAACAAGUUGUAG